AUGCCGUUCUUCCAGAACUUCACCAACUUCUUCACGGGGAAUCAGCCCGCAGCCACUGCUAGUCGUCACCAGGCGCGGCGGAGCGUGAUGAAUACCACGAUGGACGCGUUUAGUCUGCCUACGACGAGGUAUGCUGGUCCAGGGGCGAGUGCGCCUGGAGGUGGAGGAGAUAGUGCAUCUUCAUCGCCCGGACCGAGUCGGCGUGGCUCUACGAGCGUGUAUACGAACUAUCCUGCAGCUGGAUCUGCAUAUCAACCGUCCCUGACCGCCUUCCCUCCCCUUAGCAACACCUUCCAUCGACUUCGCGAAGCUCUCUCUGGGACCUUCCCUGAGCUGCUGGAAACGCUCAAUGAGCCGGUCGACCCGGAUCUUCUCGCGUCGUUCGAAGCGGAGCUGGGAUGUCCCCUUCCCCCGCCCGUCCGUGACUCCUUCCUCGUGGCGGACGGGCAGGACCUCGAGUCGGCGUACCAGCUCUCCAACGGCGGUCUCUUCUAUGGUCUCCACCUCUUACCCCUAGAGGAGGUCAUGCGGGAAUGGGCAUUUUGGCGGCAGGCGGAACACGAUCCUAUGGCGGGUCAGAAUGCCGCUGUACUAGCUACCAUGGCGUCGGUGCCGCCUACAUGGAUCAAGAGCCAGUACGCGUGUCGCGGAUGGAUACCGCUCCUUUCGGACCGGACGGGUAAUUACGUCGGGAUCGACCUCGACCCCGGUCCGGGCGGGAGCUGGGGCCAGGUGAUAGUGUUCGGGCGUGACUUUGAUCGCAAGUGCGUCUUGUGGAAGGGAGAGGGGGAGGGCGGGUGGGGCAAGUGGCUCGCUUCCUUCGUGGAUGAGCUAGAGUCGGGAGAGGGGUGGGAAGCCGACAAGUCGCACAGCUCGGAUGAGGAUGAAGAGGCGGGGUAUACCUCUUAUGCGGGUAAUCAGAGCUAUGGGGAGGGAAGCAGGGGGAUGCGCCUGGCCGGAGAGUACAGAGGCUGGAAUGUACUCGAGGCGUGGUGGGAUCGAAGCGUGCGGCAGUGGGAGCAGAUGGGGAUGGGGAUGGAUGUGGAGGAGGUCGAGAAGGGGUUGAAGGAGGCGAGGAGGUUGGCGGGGUACGAAGAGGAGGGGGAGAGCUACGAAGGGAAGGGGAAAGGGAGGGAAGGUGGGGAUAGGGUGGGGCUGGGAAUUGGGAUGGGACUAGGCGCGAGUUCUGCUCAGGUGGAAAUUCCAGUGCUGGGGUCUCCACAAAUACCUCAACCUGGCACACCCACACCAGGCGACUACGACGUCCUCCUCCCGCCUGCAUCACCGGACCAGCCACCUCGUCGACCCCAUACCCCAUCCCCAGCUCGUGUCAUCACCCCCUUACCGACCAACGAGCACCCCCUUUCCCACGCCGACGACCGUGGCUUCCUCUCGCCCCCCGUCCGCUCUCCGCCCAGACAUAAGAAUGCCAACCGUCGGCGGUCGCAAAUGCCCGCUCCGACGUCGUUGGACUUGCCAACCCGCGCAGAUGUCCAAGCGAUGGCGGCGAUCCAUCAGGCCGAGUCGAGCGGGCUGCGAGGCGGGUGGGUGAUGAACCUCGAUAUGACCGGGAAUGCCCGCCGGGGCGCUGGUCAGCGGCAGCCGGAAGACGAAAUGGAGGAUAUCGACCUGGAAGGAGGGAGGACGGAGAAGUUUGGGAAUGCGCCAUACUCGGACCGGGAAAUGGCGAGGCAGAGAGAUGAAGAGAAGCUGGCGAUGGCGGGACUGGAACAUCGGCGGGCGAGCCCGAAUCUGCUUGGCGGAAGUAAUGGGACGCGGUCACCUAGUCCGCUGUCGAGACCCACGAGCCCGAGUUACGAUGACACCCCACGGGCCUCGGGACGAGACGACAAUGUCGCUCCCCAUGCGUCGGUUCUGGCGGCUACAAACCGUCUUCGUCGACCGCCCCCGAUCGCCAGUCCGGUGGAUAGCACUUCUGCUCGAUCGUGGACGCCCGAUGAGGAACGGGAUCGGGAGGUCAUCCGUUCUGCUGGACUUCCUGGCGUCAACGGUCCAGGCGGGAGUCGGCCAUCUUCCCUGAUUCGGGAUCCGCGGGAUCGACAAGCCAGCACCACGUCCAUCACCUCCGAGGCUGGCCUACUCGAUAAUCACAUGUCGGGCUCCAUGUCCCUCUCUUCCUCCCACUCCCGCGCCAGCUCGCCGCCCAUCAUGUUCACUCCUACCAUUCAGUCCCCUCGGCAAAUGUUCAACCCGGAUGUACCGAGUAUGGGCAUGCAGCGCGGGCCGGGGAGCAGCUCGGCACGCAGCUCGGUCAGCUUUGGGAUGGAGCAAGACAGGGAGAUGGCGCGACAAGGGAGUGCGAGCGGGGUGCCGGGUAUAAGGCUUGUCGGGGCGGGCGCGGAGGAGAAGGGGGUGGACGAGGGUAUGGAGGAGAUUAGUCUGGAUGAUACAAAGCGGGCGGGGCAGGGCGGUGCGGAGGAUAAGAGGCGGAGUUGGGUCAGGGCGUAG